UGUGUACGUCAAAAUACGUCACUUCAAUGGAAUUGAAUUUGAUGUUCUGGCAAGUCUGUAUAAAUAAACGUAAUAUAGUAUUUGAGAAAGCUUGCCAAAUGAUCCUGAAAUGUCUGCAUAUUUCUUUAGUGGAUAUCUCUAGCCAUAACAUUUACUUAUUAAAUCACAGUUAUUUAGUUUGACGCCGUCCUUUUCGUGGGCGUGCACGGUCUGCUAUUGUGCUUUUGGCGCGCAAGCUAGUCGUGUGGGGAGGGGGAACAAAAAGCCCAGAAAAAGCAUCCAGCCAACUGCUGAAGCUAACCGUGUGGUGGAAGAAAGCAAUUUGAGUUUCCAAUAAAUUCAUCCGAAUUACAAAAGUUCUCAAAAGUUGAGACGUGCCACUUAACUCACCCUAGGUACUGUAACCUAGCUAGCCAUGGGAAAGAAGACUCGUGAAAAUGAUGAUGGUGCCUCAGGCUCAUCUUCAGAAGAGGAAGAAUUCAUUGUGGAGAAGGUGCUGGACAGGAGGACGGUGAAGGGCCGAGUUGAAUUCUUCCUGAAGUGGAAAGGUUAUUCAGAAAAGCACAACACAUGGGAGCCAGAGAAGAAUCUUGGCUGCCCUGAGCUCAUUGCUGGGUUCAUGAAGACCUACAAGAAGCCUAGCAGUAGUGGUGCAACCCCCAGCAGUGGAGGAUCCAAGUCCAGCGCGGGAUCAUCAGGCCGUAGCAAGGAAGGCAGCAGCAAGAGGAGGAACUCUGAUGAUGAUGACGAUGAGGAGGGGAGCAGCAACAAGCCCAAGCGGAAAAAAGAGGAUGAUGUCCUGAUUGCGAGAGGCUUUGAGAGGGGUCUGGUACCGGAGAAGAUUAUUGGAGCCACAGACUCCUGUGGAGAUCUCAUGUUCCUCAUGAAGUGGAAGGACUCUGACGAGGCAGAUCUGGUGCUAGCCAAGGAGGCCAAUCACAAGUGCCCGCAGAUCGUCAUAGCCUUCUAUGAGGAGCGCCUCACCUGGCACGAAGAUGGGGACAAGAAAGAGAAGGGUGCUGUAAGCAUGUGAGCGGGAUGUCUUGCCACGGGAACGGUCACUGACCUCUUGCCCCCGACUCUGCAGGGACAUCCUGGAGACUCGUAUAGCCAGCACCAAAUCACACCCUAUUCCUCCCCCUUGGCCUUAACCCUUUGAUGUUAACUUGUUUGAAUAGUCUGCAUAGGUAUAAUCAGUGGUGGUAAAUAUUCCACCGUAUUGAUCUGCAAACAUUGAAGGGUUAGGGCAAAAUAGAGGGUUGGGGAGGGAUUUGGUACCGACUGACAACCCCCACCCCAUUGGUAAUGACAUAACAAAAACCACACAAACCAACGAUGGAGAACACUGCCCACUUUCUCAUGAUACCUCCCUCCAUGCCCCAAUGUACAGGCUAAUAUCCCUGAAUAACUAACAGUUCAACCUUGCCAUUUUACAUAGAAACUGAGAAGGAUGCAGGAAGAUUGUGGUGCGCUCGCUACUGGGAAGGGCUUGUUUUUUUGUUUUGUUUUUCAACCUCAUGCUUUAUUCUCUCACUUUGUACUUUUUGUGCAGUAUUUUUUUUUGAUUUUUACGGCAUAUAAUUGUCAGGAAGACCGUAGAUUCUGUGGUACCCUGUCUAGGUACAGGCAGCCAUAUUAAGGUGACUUGAAGGUAGUUGUCUUCACUGAGACGUUAAAAUGGGCAGUCUAUCAUAGCAUGGUCCAGGGACCUGUAUUCAGUGUCUGACUGCUGAUCCAGUAUCUGGUCCAUAUAUUAAUUGAUUUAACAGGGCAACUGAUCCUCGAUCAGACAAUCUGUGGAAACGUUGAAUGUGGGCAACGGCCAUGUUUGACACUGGGAAGCCAACAGCCUUGCAAGUCUUAAACCUUAGUUAGUUAUGCAGUAGAAACAAUAGAAUUGUAUUAUCCGAUUUCCCCCUAUUGGGCCACCUUGGUCAGAAAACAUCUUCUAGACUUUUUCUUCAGUAGUUUUAGUUCAACUUUGAUGUUCUAAGGUAAAUAUGGCCCCUUUAUGUAAAACUCCUUCCAUGGUUUUUCUCUCAAAUUUGCUAGUAGUGUGGCUGGAUUGUACGUUUUGUUUUAAUCAUCGUCAUGUUAAUAUUUUAGCUCUUUUGUCCCAAUGUUUUAUUUUCUGUAGCUAUGCCCUGUCAACUAUGUAGCUUUGAUUCCAUUGCUGAGAUCAUGAAUAUAUUUUAGAGUAGCUGCUUAUUCCCAACUUGGAAUUGGAUUAUUUUGAUUACCUUUUAAUCAGUGUCCUCACAUCAAGCACAAGUAAGAAAAUAUUACAGAUGAACUAGCCUCUGCUGAGUGCCCUAACAAUUGGAUGUAUCAGUUUUCAUGGAAAGGUCCCAUGAUCUGACUGGUGACACUCAAUCUUAACUCCACCUCCACAUUUAUUGGAUUGGUUGAACCGUGCAGAAAACCUCCCCCUGUCAGUUUCUUCCUCUGGUCAAGACCAGUAUGUCGGGGCUCUAGUUUCAGGCCAUUAUUUUAUGCCUGCUACAGAUGAACAGAAGGGUCACUUCAAAAGUUGUGCCCGGUGUUUCAAGCCAUUGUUUGCAAAUGUGAAUGACCACUUGAUUGUUGAGUGUAUAUACACAACAUUAUCACAGUAAUGCUGAACUGUAACCAUUCCUAUGAUGAGAGGUUGGACAAUCCACAUGCUCUGCAGUAAUGUGAAACAAAACCAGCAUGGAUUUGAUCAAGGUACACCACCCUGUGGCUAAAUGUCUCAGCGAAAGUGCUCUUGUCAGUGCGCUGUAUGGGAGACUGGAACAAGGCAGACAGUGUUAUUUCAUGGGAUACUUGUUGCUUUAGUCUAACAUUUUAAGAUCAUGUCAGUACUUUGGAUUAAAUGUUAAGUGUAUUUUUUCCACUUGCUAUCAUUAAGUUGAUUUAAAGGAGUUGUAGGAAGAUUUGACCCCUUACACCUUGUUUCCCAUAUCAACAUCCACAUAUGUAGUGACAAACUGGAAGGUCAUGUAGUCCCUCAAGAGGCAAAUAUCCCAGUUCAUUUGGUGUAGCCAAUAUAUUGCUGAGUUGAUGGACAGAGUCCUGUUCAUCGGCUGUUCUCUAGAUUUACUCGUACUCGAUUUGUUCCCCUCUCUUGCAGUGAAUUCUUUGUUUUUUUUGUGAAUUCUGAGUUGUCUAGCCACUGUAGUCAUAGAAACAACAGUUUUUUGUAAAUGACAUCCUUCCGUUGAGAAACAUCCCUAUUCUGGACACGUGUAACAGGGUUGUACAUGUUUCAUGUCAUUAGAUAUUUUUUUUUGUGUGUCCUUGAAUAAAAACCUGUUAACUUUUAUUUUCUCACACCACUCCUUUACUUUCAAAGAUUUCAUUUGAAGGCAUACAUUUUUUUUUAUUGUGUUUUUAAAUGUGCAGCAUUUGUAUUUUACCAUUUUUAAUGCUCUGCAAAUUUGUUUUGUCUUGUAUUAAAUUGUAGUAAACUGUUUCCAACAUUUUAAA